AAUCACAACGACUGCAGCUUGUAUGAUGGACUUGAGAAGAUACCCAUUAGAUGAACAAAACUGUACUCUGGAAAUAGAAAGCUAUGGCUACACAACCGAUGACAUAGAGUUCUACUGGAGAGGUGGAGAUAACGCAGUGACAGGCGUGGAGAGGAUUGAGCUUCCUCAGUUCUCCAUCGUGGAAUAUAGACUGGUGUCAAAGAAUGUUGUCUUCGCCACAGGUGCCUAUCCAAGACUCUCACUGAGCUUCAGGUUGAAGAGAAAUAUUGGAUACUUUAUUCUUCAAACCUACAUGCCCUCCAUACUGAUUACCAUUUUAUCAUGGGUGUCAUUCUGGAUCAAUUAUGAUGCUUCAGCAGCAAGAGUUGCCCUUGGAAUUACAACUGUGCUGACUAUGACAACAAUCAACACUCAUCUGCGAGAGACUUUGCCUAAAAUUCCGUAUGUUAAAGCCAUUGACAUGUAUCUUAUGGGCUGUUUUGUAUUUGUCUUCUUGGCCUUACUUGAAUACGCCUUUGUCAACUACAUUUUCUUCGGAAAAGGCCCUCAAAGGCAGAAGAAACUUGCAGAAAAAACAGCAAAGGCAAACAACGAUCGCUCAAAGUUUGAAGGCAACCGG